ACUGACAUGACACUGUGAAAAUAAAUCACUUCCCUGGGAACAAGGAGGAUUCCUGCGUAUUGUUUCUCUGGAUUUUUGUCUGCAGCUUCCUUUUGAGUAUUACAGUGGAUUUUUCAUAAUAGUUAACGAAGGAUGGAAUUCCAAAGCAGAGCUCGCUCCUAUCUGAUUCCAGAGACUGAAGACGCUCCACACAAGGUCCCUCAGGAUGCCUACAAUAUCAGAGGAAAUGAAGGCGAAAAACCAGUGUCAAAAUUACAGCGUAGGCACAGUGAAAUAAAAGUAUACAAAGAGUUUUGUGACUUUUACGCAAGAUCCAAUAUGGCAAAUGCUCUUGCAAAUGCCAUCUGUGAGCGCUGCAGAGGAGGCUUCGCACCUGCUGAGAAAAUCGUUAACAGCAAUGGUGAACUGUACCAUGAGCAGUGUUUUGUGUGUGCCCAGUGCUUUCAGCAGUUCCCUGAAGGGCUCUUCUAUGAGUUUGAAGGAAGGAAAUACUGUGAACAUGAUUUUCAGAUGCUUUUUGCCCCUUGCUGCCAUCAGUGUGGUGAGUUCAUUAUUGGUCGUGUUAUUAAAGCCAUGAACAAUAGCUGGCAUCCAGAAUGCUUCUGCUGUGAUAUUUGCCAACAAGUGCUGGCUGAUAUUGGAUUUGUCAAGAAUGCUGGCAGACAUCUUUGCCGCCCUUGUCACAACCGGGAAAAAGCAAGGGGCUUGGGGAAAUACAUUUGCCAGAAGUGCCAUGCUAUUAUUGAUGAACAGCCUCUCAUCUUCAAGAAUGAUCCUUACCAUCCAGAUCACUUCAACUGUGCCAACUGCGGGAAGGAACUUAGUGCUGAUGCCCGUGAGUUGAAGGGAGAAUUAUAUUGCUUGCCUUGCCAUGAUAAAAUGGGUGUUCCUAUCUGUGGAGCAUGUAGAAGACCAAUUGAAGGACGUGUGGUGAAUGCUAUGGGCAAACAGUGGCAUGUGGAGCAUUUUGUUUGUGCAAAGUGUGAAAAGCCAUUCCUUGGUCAUCGUCACUAUGAGAGGAAGGGCUUGGCGUAUUGUGAAACCCACUACAAUCAGCUGUUUGGCGACGUUUGUUUCCACUGUAAUCGUGUGAUUGAAGGAGAUGUUGUCUCUGCGCUGAAUAAGGCAUGGUGUGUCAACUGUUUCUCUUGUUCCACUUGCAACACUAAAUUAACACUCAAGAACAAGUUUGUUGAGUUUGAUAUGAAGCCUGUCUGCAAGAAGUGCUAUGAGAAGUUUCCCUUGGAACUGAAGAAGAGACUGAAGAAACUAGCUGAAACUUUAGGGAGGAAGUAAAGAUACCAAAAAUCUCAUUUUCUGUGCAAAAAUGAGAAGCUGUUAACAAUAUUAUUUGAUUUUAUUUCAUUUGAGGCUGCAAUCAGUCAAACACAAGCAAAGAGAAUGAAUUUCCCUGCUGCACGAUUAGCUUCAUACUAAAGUUCUUGCCUCUUAUCUCCCUCAGAACAUAUGUCUAGAACACUCUGAUACUUUAUGUAAACUUCAUAACUAGCAAAAACUAAAUAUAUCUUAAAUUCUCUAUUUGCCAUUUGCAGUUAUAUCUGUCUGUUGCUAUAUAGCUUAUAUUCACAUACUAAAUGAGUUAUCAGUUCAUGAGAGAGACUGGUGGCUCUGUAGUUGGACUCCUAGAUAGAAUCUGGUGCCCACCCACUGAUGUUAGGUGGGGAUACUGUAUAGACAUAAGAUCUGCUAGUACUUCACUGCAAAGACUUUAAAAAUGCACAUAACUUUAUGUACAUGAAUAGUUCCUUUAAAGUUCUCAGUACUAUUUGUGUGCAUAAAAUUAAUCAUGUAUGUAAGUCUUUGAAUGACUCAGGCCUAAAUCUGUAAUUUAUCACUUUCUUGGGAACUGUUCAUUCUUUAGAUUCUGAUCAAAGUACACUUAGAAAAGCCUUACUUUUUAACUGUCUCUGAAACAACUGUCAAUCUAACUGCAACUAAUGCAGAAGGUAUAUUGCCUUAACUAGAUUAAACUUAUUAAUCUUUGUACAUCAGACUUCAAAAGUGGAAACAGCAACAUAAGAAAUAUAUUCCUGUUGCAAAAAAUGAGCAUAUUCAGAACUACUUGAAUUUUGCUACGUUCAGUUUAAAACAAUGCAGUAACUUCUGUGAGUGUUUUGUAUUUUAUUUCCUUUUUGUGCCUUAUUCUGCUGGACCUUAAUAAUGUUUAAAAAAUGAUCCAUUAAAUAUAUAUGCAAUUUUAUUUCAUAUUUUUUAUGCAGAAAAUGUAUGCCAGGUAUUUCAAAAGAUAACAUGCUUUAACUGUA